GGCGAAGCACUUAGCGCUACAAAAGCUGGGAGGCGGCUCCAGCGCGGACCUAAGAGAGCCAGACCGACAAUCCCAGAGCCAGUCUCUGUCCCCCGCGGCCCGCCCAGGCUCCGAGCCACCCCGAGACCCGGCGAGCGGCCCCAGGUAAGGCCCCGCCAUGGGGAAGACCAACAGCAAGCUGGCACCCGAGGUGCUGGAGGACCUGGUUCAGAACACGGAGUUCAGCGAGCAGGAACUGAAGCAGUGGUACAAGGGCUUCCUGAAGGACUGCCCCAGCGGCAUCCUCAACCUGGAGGAGUUCCAACAGCUCUACAUCAAGUUCUUCCCCUAUGGCGACGCCUCCAAGUUCGCGCAGCACGCUUUCCGCACCUUCGACAAGAACGGCGAUGGCACCAUCGACUUCCGGGAGUUCAUCUGCGCCCUGUCGGUCACCUCCCGGGGCAGCUUCGAGCAGAAACUCAACUGGGCCUUUGAGAUGUACGACCUGGACGGCGACGGGCGCAUCACGCGCCUGGAGAUGCUGGAGAUCAUCGAGGCGAUCUACAAGAUGGUGGGCACUGUGAUCAUGAUGCGCAUGAACCAGGAUGGCCUCACACCCCAGCAGCGUGUGGACAAGAUCUUCAAGAAGAUGGACCAGGAUAAGGAUGACCAGAUCACGUUGGAGGAGUUCAAAGAGGCGGCCAAGAGUGACCCAUCCAUUGUGCUGCUGCUGCAGUGUGACAUGCAGAAGUAGGGGCCCGGCAGGGGCAGGGCCCCUGGGCUGGAUGGGUGUGGCCACCUCCCGACCUGUUGACCUUCCCAACCCUCCCAGGGGGAGGAGCACUCUGCCGUCACUCCCUGGCCCCCACCCUUCUGUCCUAAUGCUUCCUCCCCCCCAUCAAGAUCCUUGAGGGACCACUCUACCCCACGAAAGAGACAGGUCCUCAGGUGUCCCGUCAUCUGGUCUCACCCCCAGCCUUGGCCCAGAACCAACAUUCACUGGGUAUAGGGGAGUUUGCCUUUGCCCCAAAGAGACCGGGUUAAGGAGGGGGGCUGGGGUCCUGCUUUGAAGUCUUGUGGAUUCCUGGGAUUGAGCUUUAUAGGAUGGGUCAGAGCAAAAGGUCCAAUGCGGAUCUAUCCUUGUUUGAGGACCAGAACCUUUAAAGGUAGUCCGACCCUGCUCCCUCAACUCUACCUGGCCUCUCUGGCCCCAGCCUUUCCGGGUGUUCACUUAGUCCUUCAUUCAGCUACUGUCGAUUGAGCACCUGUUCCAUGCCAGGCACCUCAAGGUGCUAAAAAUACGGUGGUAUACAAGUCACAUUCCAAACCUUCCUGGAGCUCAUAGGCUAGUGAGGCAGUCUCCUGGGGUCAAGACCUCAGAGGGGGGCCAUUGAGGGCAGCAUUGAGCAGAGUGCGGGUAAGGCUGGGUCGUCUGGAAGAAGUUACCAAAACCAGUGCAUCUCUGCCAAAUGCUGCAGAAGGCUGAAAGGGACAGCCUUUGGGAGUUUGGGAUCCCUGUAAGUGGGGGAAGACUAGACAUUUUGAGAAAAAAAUGGAAACUUAUUUUUGUAGCACCCUUGAAAAGAGCUGAAAUCAUUUUUAUUAGUUUUAGGAUGUUAAAAUGUAGUCUCUAUUGUUUGGUUUCUUAGAAAAUGAUUCCAUGAAUGUUGGAAAUGGUCAUGUUCUUCCACUAGAGAGUGGAAGAAAAAAGAGGGGGAGGGUCGACUGCGCCUUCCCCACUUCUGAGAUAGCAGUUCCUGCCGCUUCUCCUGCAUCCUUUCAUUGGCUGUCUCCUGUCAACGUCAGCUCUUUCUUAAGCACCCACUAUGGAGGGGUAAUGACUUCAGAGACUUUUUGGGGGGAGGGGGGGAAAUUUCAAAGAGAUGCUCUGCGACCAGGACAAGGUGUAUUUCCCACAUUUGGGACAUUAAUUUCAAGCACAGGCUUAUUGUUGCCCCGAGAAGAAGAGGAAGACCUGGCCUCUGGAGCGGCCCCCCUUUUAGGUUUCCAGACCAUGUUUAUGUAACAAAUGCCCAAAAAUGUGCUGGGCAUGCGCCGUUGAAAAGGCUUCUUCUGCCCCCAAGUCCUCAACUCUGCCAGGCACUUCAUCUGCCGGGGGCACUGGCUCUGCUUUCCAAUGUCCGCUUUCCGAGUUUGGUUCCUGGAGCCGCGCAGCUGUGCGCUUUGACUUCUCCCAGCGGUUCACUUUCGCCUGUGCUCCUGAUCAGGCACUCCCUUCGACCUGCAGUCACAAGUGAUUUCCUCCGCAAACGCCCGUGAGAACCAUCCAGGGGACAGGUGCUGCCAACCAGGGUAGGAGUUGGCAGGGGGCUUGGGGCGUUGCAUCUGCAGGAAGCUAGCUCACCUCUGGGUGCUCACCUAUCCUGCCUCUCUGCAGGUGGAAACUCGGGGGGAUGCUGACCUUCGGCCCCAGGUUUGAGUGAACCUUCCUUUUUGGCUGCCCUUGAAGGUAGUAGCCCCCCUGCCCAGCAGCGUCCCUGGGUGGCCAUGUGCUUUCUCUCCCUCUGCCUGGGACAGCCUCUCGUGGUAUGGCUGUGGCAUUCACAUUCUCAGGCAGGAGUGAGCAGCCCUUCCCCGCAGUCAUGCCUCAAAGGACGUUCCACGGCGCCCAGGGCCUGGCUUCGAGGUGUGUCUUGCGCUGUCAGUCAGCACCUCAGACACGGAGAGACUCAGCGGCCUGGCUCAGCCGGGACAGACCUCCUGGUGGCAGGUAUUUCCAGCGGGCUUCUUUCCCAUCAAAUCGCGAAUCUAAGCUAGCCUACACUUGCACAGCUCCUUCCCGACCUCUGAAGACUUGUCAGCUGCCGCCAUCCAAUUGUUCAGGGACGGAGAAAUCACAGACUUGGAGUCAGAGGCUCCUCUGGGAGGGCAAGUCCUUCGUACAGUGGGACGGCCACACUACGGGUGACACCUUGCCAAGACUUGCACCCAAGACUCUUGAGAGGGUUUCUGUCCUUCAGCAUCUCUUCCUGGCUCUUGAGUUAUGCGGAGGUUGGUUGUAGGGAAGUGAUGCCGGAUUUGGUCUUCUGCAAGCUUCCUGCUAAGGAGCUUUUGAGGCUGUUGUCUUCCAAACACGAAAAAAGGGAGCUGGGUCAAGUCUCACGUUUUCAGGCAUCCUGUCUUCUGCUUCAGUGCAGUUCGCGCGCGCGCGUGUGCGCACGCGGGGCCAGUGCUGCUCUGGGAAGCUCUGACUCAGAAGCCUGGGACCCUCUGGCACUGCCUUUACCACCAUCUUCUCCCUAAGAGAAUUGUCUUUGUCUUUUCUAGGCUGGUGGACAAGUCCUACCCAUGAGGGUAUGUUUGAUCACUCUAAGCUGCUAGACACAUGCCCCGUGGGUGAUAUCCACUGGUCUGGCCGAGACCUCAUAGACAGCUAGCAGUGUGCAUUUGUAAUGCCAGGCCAGGAUCUGGGCCCACCACAUACUCAUGGGAGGAGCCACAGGAGGACUAGGUCUUGCUCCCACAAGGCCCUGGGCAGCCCAGGACCUGUGUUCUCAGGAGCCCUUGUGGUUGAGCACUGGCCCUGCCUGGAGAAGAGAGGCAGGCCCUCUCAUCCCUCCUCAGCGGAGAGGGUCUUGGGACAAAACACAAGCCAGCAGAGAAUUAAGGAUGACUCACAUAGACACGAAAAUAUACCGUGAAAAUGUUGAGGUCUCCAAAUUCUCCCUUGAGAUUCUGCAUCGUCUUGCGGCAACUCUGAAUUGCAAAGUCCCUUCUCAGAGGCUGCCUUCUCUGUCAUUCAUUCUCGUGGGCUGAUUGAUAAGCCCAUGGCUUCUUAUCUCUAAAAAGUACUAGCAAGGGCUACUUCAGAUGGCCCCUGCCAGGAGCUCGAGCCAGCUUUCUGUAACUUCCCAUGAAGUCACCCUUGGAAAAAAAGGAAGCAAAGACUUCAUUCUUUUCUGACAAUGACAAAGCUCCAGCGGUAGGAUGUAGGUAGGUUGGUAGGGAGAGAGAGAGAGAGAGAGAGAAAGGAAGGAUAGAAAUAAGAGAAUAAGCCAGGAUUUCUAGGCAGGCUAGUAAGCUGCCACUGUAAAUAUUUUUACACAGAAAUUUAUUAAGACAACAAAUGUUUACUGAAGAUCCACCCCGAGUGAGGCUUUUGCUGACUUGAGAGAACAUUGUGGGGGCCAGAAUACAUUUCUUACAUAGUUUAUUCAUUAUUCUUGAAAAAUGAAUUCAUCCAACUAUUGAAAGGUCUUGGGGGGGGGGUGUCAAAAAGGUGAUUUUAUUUCUGAAAUGACAGGGUUCUUUGUCCGUUGCCAGAGGGCGGGGACAGGGCGGGUCUUCGCAGGGCCUGUGGCCCUUCCUGCUUGGGAGAGCCUGCUGAGGUACAGGACUUUCUAAGCAGGAGGUGGCAGUAGGGAGGCUGGGUGCCGGGAGGCACCCUCCCCCCACCUCACCACAAGCUCUCCAGCCUAGAGCACUGCCCAGGAAAGCCCCUGUGCCCUCCCCCGCCCCACCCCACCCCUCACACACACCCUCCCCCACGUGCUGCUUCUGGCUGGGCCUGCAGCACCUGCCCUAGCCAUUUGACCUCGUGCUGUCGGUGCUUGUUCUGUUUCCUCACUGACUGAAUAAAAGGUGUGGCUGUGCCCCUCCUCCUUCUUGA